UACGCAGAGAGCUCAACGAACCAACACAACACACUCAAAAAUAUCUCUUCUUUCUUCUUUCUUCUUCUUCUCCUACUCCAAUGGGGUUUGGGAGAUCUUCUUCGUCUUCUUCUUCUUCUUCUUCUUCUUCCUCAGCUCUCAAAUGGCUCGGUUUCGUUACAGCCGUUUGGAUCCAAUCCAUCUCAGGCAACAAUUACACCUUCUCAAAUUACUCCGCGGCUCUAAAAUCCCUAAUGAACCUCACUCAGUUAGAACUCAACAGUCUCUCCGUCGCUAAAGACAUCGGAAAAGCUUUCGGAAUCCUCGCCGGACUUGCUUCUGAUCGUCUUUCAACUCCUGUCAUCCUUCUCAUCGGUUCUUUCGAAGGUCUUAUUGGUUAUGGUGUACAAUGGCUCGUCGUUAGCCGCACGAUCCAACCUCUUCCUUAUUGGCAGAUGUGUGUGUUUCUCUGUAUGGGAGGGAACAGUUCGACGUGGAUGAACACGGCGGUUCUUGUGACUUGUAUACGAAACUUCCGGCGAAACCGUGGANUCCGGAGGGUCUUUGUGUCCGAACUCUAUGGAGAGCGUUUGGCAUUCANUGCUCUGUUUUCCUCUGAUCCAGCUUCGUUUCUUGUUCUUCUCUCCGUCGUACCUUUCGCCGUUUGUCUCACGGCGGUUUUCUUCCUCCGUGAGAUACCUCCGGCUAGUACCUCCGCGGAGGAUAACGAAGAGUCUAAAUACUUCGCCGUGUUUAACAUCGUCGCCGUUGUUGUUGCUGUGUACCUUCAGUCUUACGAUAUCUUGGGAAUCAAAACCGGAGUUGUCGCUAUUGCAUUCGCCUCGGUUCUUCUCAUCCUCUUAGCUUCUCCUAUCGCCGUCCCUUUCCACGCUUAUAUCCGUAGCAAAGAUAAAGAUGAACAAGACGUAGAAGGACGAGUCGAUGAACCGUUACUGAGAUCAGGAUCCGAGAUUGUAGUGGAGGAAACACUCGUAGGCGCUGCAGCGGCGGCGGAUAACGAGUUGCCACCGUCUCUUAAGCCGUUAAAAGAUGAAGGGGAGGAGAAUCACGGAAACGUGGUGACGACUGAGAAGAAAAGACCGGUUCUUGGAGAAGAACACACCAUAAUGGAAGCCAUGUUGAGUGUUGACUUUUGGGUUUUGUUUGUGUCAUUCUUGUGUGGAGUAGGUACUGGUUUAGCAGUGAUGAACAAUAUGGGUCAGAUCGGGCUUGCGCUUGGUUACACGGAUGUUUCCAAGUUUGUCUCUAUGAUUAGUAUUUGGGGAUUCUUUGGUCGGAUUCUCUCUGGUACCAUCUCCGAGCACUUCAUCAAGAAAGCUGGAACACCAAGACCACUAUGGAAUGCAGCAGCUCAGAUUAUCAUGGCCGUAGGAUAUUUACUGAUGGCUUUAGCGAUGCCCGGUUCACUCUACAUCGGUUCAAUGGUGGUUGGGGUUUGCUACGGAGUCCGGUUAGCCAUAACCGUACCAACAGCCUCGGAACUAUUCGGUCUCAAAUAUUAUGGACUCAUCUACAACAUCCUUAUACUCAAUAUGCCUCUGGGAUCGUUCCUCUUCUCGGGUCUACUAGCGGGUUUACUUUACGAUGCUGAAGCCACACCGACUCCUGGUGGAGGCAAUACGUGUGUAGGAGCUCAUUGUUUCCGUAUGGUCUUCCUUGUAAUGGCGUUUGCUUCCAUUAUUGGGAUUGGUCUUGACCUUUUGCUAGCGUAUAGAACGAACGAGAUCUAUGCGAAGAUUCAUGCAAGCAAGAAGGCUAAAAAGUCUAGUGGUAAUCUCCGAUGAGAGUGUUAAGCUGAAUCUGGAUUUGCUUUUGGUUACAAUCAUUUUUUUCUGGGAGGGGGAUGUUAGUUCUAUAGUAAUAUGUAAAUCUUUUUUGUGAAAGUUUGUAAUGUUCAGUAUUAUUAGAAGCGGUGAUUGUACAUUUGUACACUUAUGCUUAAGAAGUGUUUGAAGCAGUUGUUUGGUGUAAGUUCAGAUAAUGGGGAUCUAUACUUAAUGUUGCUCAUUUAUUGGAGAGUUGCAUAUUCUAAUUCUCAUUCU